UUAGUGAGAUAGAAGAUGAACUCAGCUGAAAUCACUGAUGACGAUGAAGUAAAAAUUCCUAAAAAAAAUAUUGUGAAAGUAGAAACAGAAAAUGAAGAUGAAGCUCUAGACUGCUCGGUAACAUCCAGAUCUUCUGAGAAACACUCAGUGGAUGGCGCAGUUACUUGCCUACAGGAUUCCAACAAACGGAAACAGACCUCACUUGGUUGUGAUGGUUCAGGGAGCCAGCAAGAUGUCUUACCCAGUGUGAAGAAAAGACGCUUUACACAAGAGGGCUCCAAUUCAAACAUGAAGAACAGAGAUACUGGCUCACCCACUCAGGUAAAUGCAGAGCAGCCAAGCAAGAACAAGAAUCCUAAUAUAACGUGGCUCUGUGAGGAAGAACCCUUCAGCGACAUAACCACUUCAUCUUACAAGAAACCCCUGUAUGGCAUCUCACACAAAAUUACAGAGAAGAAGAAUGCACCGGGAGCAGAGCAGUUUGCCUCUUAUGACUUGUAUGAAAAAAUCAGCCCCAGCAGUCCCUCGCAUCUUCGGACUUUGAAUGACCAGCGCAAAAGGGACUCUGCUGCAGCCCUCGCUGCAGCGGCUGUUGCUGUCGAGUCUGACCCAAAUAUAUAUUCUUUGAUACAGAAAAUGUUCUUCACACUUAACACUCUCAGUUCCAAUAUGACCCAGCUUCACAAUAAGGUUGACCUUCUGUCUCUGGAGGUGAGCAGAAUCAAAAAGCAAGUCAGUCCAGUGGAGUGUGUGGCAGAUUUCAAGCCUCCCCCUGAGUACACGCUGACUUCUGCUGAGCUCAAACAGCUCAUGGAUCAAAGCACAUCAGGUGGAGACCUUGCCUGUCGCUUACUGGUACAACUCUUCCCAGAGCUCUUCAGCGACGACGAGUUCAACAGGAGCUGCAGUGCCUGUGGCUUUCCUAACAAGAGGAAGCUGGAGUCUCUCCAUCUGCAGCUUAUCCGUAGCUAUGUGGAAGUCUGUUAUCCUUCUGUGAAGAGUACAGCUGUGUGGCAGGUGGAGUGUUUGCCUCAACUGAAUGAUUUUUUCAAUAGAUUUUGGGCUCAAAGGGAAUUGGAAAAUAACCCACAAAAUGUGCAGUCCUCCAGUUUUUAUGAGACUGAACAGGUGGAUUCCUCUCAUUUUCUUGAGGAUAAAGAGCAAGAAGAAGCUUUGUCCUUGGACAGGAGUAAUGCCAUUGCCUCAGACUACAUUCUAGAUGCUCAGGAUCUCAAUGAAUUUUUAGAUGAAGCUUCUUCUCCGGGGGAAUUUUGUGUUUUUUUGUUACAUAGACUGUUUCCAGAACUCUUUGACCACAGAAAAUUAGCCGAAAGGUACAGCUGCUAUGGGGACUCUGGGAAGCAACUGCUUGAUCCUCAUCGGCUUCAGAUAAUCCGUAGGUACACUGAAAUUUACUUUCCAGAUGUACAAGAAGAGGAAGCUUGGUUGCAGCAAUGCGUUCAGCGAAUAAAUGAAGAACUUGAAAAUGUAUAUAUGGAUGGAAGUGAAUGUGAUCAGCUGAGAGAUGACUGUUACGACUCUUCCAGUUUACCGGAUGACGUAUCGAUCAUAAAAGUGGAAGACAGCUUUGAAUAUGAAAAACCAGGUAGACGCUCAAAAAAAAUAUGGCUUGUGCCCAUUGACUUUGACAAACUUGACUUUCCCCCUCCUGAUUUUGAUGUCCCUGUUCCCGAUUACCUAUUGAACAAAGAACAGAUUAAAAACAUCUACGAAAGCAGUCUUUCCAUAGGCAACUUUGCUUCUCGGCUGCUUGUUCUCUUGUUUCCUGAGCUGUUUACUCAUGAAAACUUACGGAAGCAAUACAACUGUAGUGGGUCUUUGGGGAAGAAGCAGCUUGAUCCCACUAGAAUUAAAUUAAUUCGGCAUUACGUGCAGAUACUGUACCCAAGGGCAAAGAAUGACAGAGUGUGGAUGCUGGAGUUUGUUGGGAAGCUCGAUGAGAGGUGUCGGCGAAGGGACACAGAGCAACGGCGCUCGUACCAGCAGCAGCGGAAGGUCCACAUGCCAGGGCCCGAGAGGAGGGAGUUCCUCAGCUAUGCAAUAAACCCUGAAAGGUUUCGAGAGGAGUUUGAAGGGCCGCCACUGCCACCCGAAAGGAGCAGCAAGGAUUUUUGCAAGAUACCACUUGAUGAACUCGUUAUUCCUAACCCAGACUUCCCUGUGCCUUCUCCGUAUUUGCUGACUGAUAAGGAGGUAAGAGAGAUCGUACAGCAGAGCCUUUCUGUUGGAAACUUCGCCGCCAGGCUUCUCGUAAGACUCUUCCCAGAACUCUUUACUCCCGAAAAUCUCAGACUGCAAUACAACCAUUCAGGUGCUUGUAACAAAAAACAGCUGGACCCUAUCAGACUGAGGCUGAUCCGCCAUUACGUGGAAGCAGUUUACCCCGUGGAGAAAAUGGAAGAAGUAUGGCAUUAUGAAUGUAUACCGAGCAUUGAUGAAAGAUGCCGGCGUCCUAACAGAAAAAAGUGUGACAUACUGAAAAAAGCAAAGAAAGCAAAGAAGUGAGGGGCUCUUUGAAUUCCGAAGACUUUGACCACUAAAUUAUUGUCAGGAUUAUGCUUUGUUUUAGGCUGAAGGGCCUGUCAGGCUGGGGCUGCUCAGCAUCCGGGAGAACUAGGCACUAAGUUUGUUGCAUUUUAACGUGUGUGUUGCAUCUAUGUGGGUACUGCAGCAGUGGGAAGUGGCUUACUAGGUUUGUACAUGGGUAAAGAUCCUACGUCGUUGGUGACAGAGCUCAUAAUGACUCAUUAAGAGCAUGGCUUUCACUGGUGCAAGUACAUGUAUUGAAACUCUACUAUGCCAUUCCCCAUUUCUGCUUCCCCCUUUUUUAACACUUUUUAAUAAUAAAGUUGUUUUUUUUUAAAUGUGGUGUUUGUCAGGGGCAGUAUUUCAUUUCACCCUUAUACACAAUUAUGUUGGUUCAUUUGGAAUUUGAAAUUUAAACUUCAUCGAAAUCUACAAAACUAAUGCUUUUUGAAAGUGCCAUAUUCAUUGAAAUCACUGGAAUGUCUGACUUUGCUUCUAAGUAAAUCACAGCUUUAAUGUGUUUUGUUCUUAUUGAUACUGAGAUACUGAAAAUAGUAAUGCCACGUCCAAGAAUGGGUCAGAGCGGUGUGAUCUCCGUUUUUGACUGUUACUCAUGUUGUGUUUCUAAAAAUUCUAAGAAUUGAAGUAUUGAAGAGUUGAGACGUGAGCAUAGACACAGUGUGAAUGUUUCUUUACGUUGGCACGCCAAGCUUGAUCAUGCCCCUGUGAGUUUUCUUUUUUGCUCGGUGUCGCGGUUGGCGUGACUGAAGGUAGCUUGUGAGAGCAGAGCCAGCAGCACAGACCCAAGCCAGCACCUGUGGAAUGUAUUGCCAUUGCCUGCCUGCCUGCUUGCCUCUCUGUAAAACAAGAGUAACUAGAUAAGCAACAAGGACUUUAAAAACUUUUAGAUCUUACUGUAUCAAAAUGAUGAUUCCAAAGGUUUCCAGUAUUAAGAUCAAAUUGCAUAAAUAAAAGGUACCCGCAAAGAUUAGUUUUGGGAUGGAAUGAAGUGCUACAGGGUCCCCAUGAAUGAGCUGUUUGCAUCAUUCUUUGCAUCAGCGUGGCACCAUCUGGAUUUUUCAGAUGUAGGGAUAUUGAGCUCGCUCACUUAGCCAAACUGAUUUAGUGUAAUUAGUAGCUAUUUGGAGACAUAAUUGUGUAUGUAUAACUUAGAUUUAUACGGCCAAGUUUGCAUCAAUAAUAUGUUCAUAUGUAACACAAGCCACCCAGAACCCACUGUGACUCUACUAUAUGAUUUAUCACUGGAGAGCACAGCUUUAAAACAGCUUUCUUCUUUUUUAAUGGCGAUGUAAAUGAUGAGAGAGUGUCAGGUAUGUAUUUUUGAGUCAGUAGAGUCAGCGACUGCGUACUGACCGUCACUGGAACGCCUCGGAGCAAUUGUUAAUGUUCUCUGUGGUCCUUUUUAAUGGUUCCCAAGUGGGUCAUAGUAUCGAAUUUGAAGUCUGUUCCAGUGUGAUUUUCUAUUUUAGCAUUUGUAAGAAAAUACAAAAUACUUGAUAUUUUUACUUCAGAUUUUUAGAAUUUAUUGCUCCUAGAGUCAUAUUGAUCUCUCCCUUUAAAAAGCAAAAUAACAUUUUUUUCCUAAUGGUGAGUACUAGCGAAAGGAUAGUGUGUUAAACCAGGAGUAAAUCAUAACAGAUUAGCAUUUGCUCAUUUUCCCCACAUGCUAGCAACAUUCUCAAAGAAUGUAUGAAGAAAGUCAUGAAUGUAUUAAACAAUACACUGAUACUGUUUGUAUCCAUCUAAAUGUUUGGUUGAAAUAAUAGCACACCAUGCACAAGAUGGAUAUUGGAGCUAAUAUGGCUAAAAUAAAAAGAAAACGUUUUACCAAAGAUGAAGAACUGAUACCACAAUGUCUGCAUCUUAUCUUUCAUUUCAGUGCAUAAAUUUAGCAAAUUGAAUGUGCCAGAAACUGAGACCUUCUAAUGUAACUGUAUGCUACCGAGCGCCUCUGUGAAGUCUUUUACAUGCAUUUGUAUGGGAGAUGUAAAAUCACAGAAAAUAUCAACAACCUGUUGUGAAUGCCCCACCAGAUGGCAAGAAAAGUGUGGCUUUCCCUUAUAAUUAUUUUUUCUUAUCUUGAUGUCAUAUGUGUUUUACCACUCAGUGAUGUUGAAGCUCCCAAAGAAGUUGAUAACGUUGAACUGUUGUACCACUGGCAGGUGUUACUAGCUAGCAUGUGAAUUUAAGACGUACUGGGUUUUACUGUAGAUGUUGUCAUUUUGCAAUAUCUCCUGACACGUCGAAAAUCAGCCCGUUUAUCUUACAUACUGAUGAGUGAAAAAGCGAUUUUCAGCUUUUAAAAUGGCAUUUUCAAAAGUGGGUACAGAAAGAUCCUCGCUGUUUUUUCUCUUAACUUAUGUCUAAUGGCUGUGUACAUUCCUUUGUCUCCCUGUUCCCAAUCUUCCAUGAUUUGACUGUAUGCUUUGUGAAGAAAAUAGAGACAUACAAAUAGUGACAUGGGGUCACUAAAAAAAAAAGCUCCUGCAGUGCAUCCGAAGUACAGCCACUUCAUCCAGUCGGUCUGUCCUGUAAAUAAAUUAAAGGUAUAUUAUUUUUAUACAAGA